AACGCCAUUUGGAACUCCGACAAAGCAACAGCGUGUACGUUGGUGUACCAGAUUAAUAGUCGUCGGUUUUCUGUUCUACAUAAACCUACCAAUUUCGCUACCCAACAUGUCCAAGCGCGUUGCUGUCAACGAGCAGGAGGACAGCCCCCUCAAGGGCGGUGAUCGUCCAGAGCAGAUGGACAUUGACGACAAGGAAAUGGGCGAGUUUGAAGACGAAUUCGAGGAUGAAUUUGAGAGCGAAGACGAGAUUCUCGAGGCCGGUGUCGACGGUCGCCCGGAUGCCGAGCGUGAGGCUGAGGAGAAGGAAGAGGCUAUGGAAGUUGACCAAGGAACUUUCAUUGUCGGACGUAACAAGCCCGAGCCUGGCCAGGUCCUCACCCCCGAUUUGACAACAUACGAGAUGCUUCACAACCUCACCACACCUUGGCCAUGCUUGUCCUUCGACCUUGUCCGCGACUCGCUCGGCGAUAACCGCAAGGCGUAUCCCGCGACAAUGUACGCUGUGACGGGAACACAGGCCGAUUACAAGCGCGCCAAGGAGAACGAGCUCAUGGUGGUCAAGUUUAGCGGCCUGUCCAAGAUGGACAAGACAGACGAGUCGGACGACGAGGACGACGACGAUGAGGAUGCCGACCCGAUCCUCGAAAGCAAGAGCAUUCCCCUGCCAUCCACGACCAACCGUAUCCGCUCGCACCAGAUUCCCAACGCCGAUGGCGGUGCUCCUACCACUCUCACAGCCUCUAUGACCGAGUCUACUGACGUCUUCAUCCACGACGUGACCCCUCACCUGCGCUCGUUCGACACCCCCGGUACCGUCAUCACUGCCGCCCAGAACAAGCCCAUCUCUACUAUCCGCGCGCACAAGUCUGAGGGCUACGCCGUCGACUGGUCGCCUCUUCACCCCAACGGCAAGCUUCUCACUGGUGAUAACGACGGCCUCAUUUACGUCACCACCCGCACCGACGGCGGCGGCUGGGUCACUGACAACAGACCCUUUACUGGCCACACGUCCUCUGUUGAAGAGAUUCAGUGGUCGCCUUCCGAGCAGUCUGUUUUCGCAUCUGCUUCCUCGGAUGGCACUGUUCGCGUCUGGGAUGUCCGCUCCAAGUCGCGCAACCCCGCCAUCACAAUGAAGGUCUCGCCUGUUGAUGUCAACGUCAUGUCGUGGAGCCGCAACACCACUCAUUUACUCUCUUCUGGUGAUGAUAACGGCACCUGGGGUGUCUGGGAUCUGCGCCAGUGGAAGGCGAGCAGCGAUAAGCCCCAGCCUAUUGCUAGCUUCGACUUCCACAAGGAACAAAUCACCUCUGUGGAGUGGCACCCUACCGACGACUCCAUCAUGGCUGUCGCUGCGGCUGACAACACUGUCACGCUGUGGGAUUUGGCUGUCGAGUUGGAUGAUGAAGAGAGCAAGGAUACCGCUGGCGUCAAGGACGUUCCUCCCCAACUCCUCUUUGUGCACUACCUCAAGGGUGUCAAGGAGGUUCACUGGCACCCUCAGAUCCCUGGUAGCUUGGUUGCUACUGGUGAAGAAUUCAGCAUCUUCCGCACCAUCAGCGUGUAAGUGCUACAACUUCGUAGACGCGCACACACGCGCACACAAAAGACAUAUAAAAGGAGUGAUGAAGGGGUGGAAGAACACGAAAGCAAAAAGGUGUAGAGAGCUCGGUUCUUUUUUUUCCUUUUGUUCCUUUAGACGGAGUUUUUGUAUAUAGGCUAAAAUUUCAUGAUAAUGCAAAAGAAUCAUUUAACACA